AUGGCAACCUCAGCUCCCGCGUCCGGAAGGGGUGUCGAAGUGAAGCAAGUGACAAUCUCGCCAGCAAGCUCAAACCCCAACCUGGAGUUUACAUGCAAUUUCGAGCAGGUUUUCGAGCCCUCAUCAUCGCUGCGCGGCGCUUUCGAGCACCACGCCGCGUACAAAGCGAUUUUCAGAACGGAGGAGGGCAGGGGGUUUACAAGGGGCGUGGUGUAA